CAUCGCCUCGCUCAAUCCUAGCUGUCUUCCCGUACUGCGCUCUUGCUCCUCACUUUCUCUUACUCUCAUCAAUUAUCACUCCCCUCACCCACGGCCCACGCCCACGGGGCCACGUGCAGCCAUGGUUGGCCCCGAGAUGCUCGUGGCCGCGGCGGUGAACCAGGUCGCCCGGAAGAUCAACGAGGUCAUCGGCGUGGCGCAGGGCGAGGUGAAGCUGUGCUGCAGCUUCAGCGACGACCUCGAGAGCAUCAAGGACACCAUGGUGUACCUGGAAGGCCUGCUAAAGAACGCGGAGAACAACUCCUUUGGGAGCGAGAGGGCGAACCUUCGGCACUGGCUCGGCCAGAUCAAGUGCCUGGCUUACGACAUCGAAGACAUCGUUGAUGGAUACUACUCGUCCAAGGAGCAAUAUGAGGGAAGCAGCUACGCUCAGAAGGGAUCGAUGCUCUGCUCUUUAUCCAAUCCGAUGCUUUCAAAAGUCGGCAUGGUUUAUAAGAUGAAAUCCAAGAGGGAGUUGUUACAGACAAGACAACAUUUACCUACCCAAUAUCAUUUCAUCUCACAUAUUAACUCAGUGGUAAAUUUUGAUGAGAAGCAGACAACAUCAUACAGAAAUAAUGAUAUCCAAAUUGUUGGGAGGGAGCAAGAAUUGGGACGUAUUAUGAGCAUGUUAAUGCAGAUAAAUGUGAAAGAGCUUACCAUUAUUUCCAUAGUUGGACCAGUGGGUCUUGGGAAGACAAGCCUUGCCCAACUUAUUUUCAAUGAUACAAGAGCAGAGACAUUUAGAUUCAGGAUAUGGGUUCAUGUUUCCAUGGGCAAUAUCAACCUUGAAAGAAUUGGGAGAGAUAUAGUUUUGCAAACUACAGAAAGGAUUGAGGGAAGCAUGCAGAUGCAAUCAAUCAAGAAUGCUGUUCAAGACAUACUUAAUCGGUAUAGCUGCUUAAUAGUGUUGGAUAGCUUGUGGGGCAAAGAUGAAGAAGUGAAUGAGCUCAAGCAGAUGUUGCUUACAGGUAGAAAGACAGAAAGCAAGAUCAUAGUGACCACUCACAGCAGUAAAGUAGCUGAGCUGAUAUCCACUGUGCCACCAUACAAAUUGUCUGUCUUGUCAGAAGAUGAUUGUUCAAGUAUAUUAUCUCAAAGGGCAAUGACAGGUCAUAGUGACCCACUUUUCAGGGAAUAUGGAGAAGAAAUUGUUAGGAGAUGUAAAGGCAUACCAUUGGUAGCCAACUUUCUUGGAUCUGUGGUGAAUGCUCAAAGACAUAGGCGUGAGAUAUGGAAAGCUGCAAAGGAUAAUGACAUGUGGAAGAUAGAGGAAGACUACCCCGAAAACAAAAUUUUGCCAGUAUUUCCAUCAUUCAAGAUAAUAUACUACAAUAUGCCCCAUGAGCUAAGGUUAUGCUUUGUAUAUUGUUCAAUCUUCCCUAAAGGAUAUGUCAUUGAUAAGAAAAAGCUUAUUCAGCAAUGGAUUGCACUUGACAUGAUUGAAUCCAAACAUGGAACAUUGCCGCUUGAUGUUACUGCUGAGAAAUACAUUGAAGAACUUAAAGAUAUUUAUUUCCUUCAAAUUAAUGGAGGAAUUUCCAAUAAUUCUGAUGAAAUGCUCUGCAUGGAUAAUUUGGCACAUGAUCUUGCUAGGUCAGUUUCUGGUGAAGAUAUCCUUGUGAUCUUAGAUGCCAAGAAUGAACGCUGCAAUAGAAAUUAUGAUUACCGUUAUGCACAAGUGUGCGCUUCUAGCUUGCAAUCAAUAGGUAGCAAGGCUUGGCCUUCCAAGGCAAGGUCUCUAAUUUUCAAGACAAGCGGUGCAGAAUUGCAGCAUGUCAGUGAAGUUCUUUCAGUGAACAAAUAUUUGCGUGUUUUGGAUCUCAGUGGAUGUUCUGUUAAGGAGUUACCUGCUCCCGUUUUUCAGCUGAAACAGCUGAGAUACCUUGACGCUUCAACUUUGCCCAUUACAGAUCUGCCUCCCCAAAUUAGUGGCUUUCAUAAGCUGCAGACAUUGGAUCUGUCAGAAACUGAAUUAACAGAGCUACCAGCCUUCAUUGGUAACUUAAAGACGCUGAAGUAUUUGAAUCUCCAUGGUUGCCAGAAACUUCAGCAAUUGAAUAACCUAGAUCUGCUGCACGAGUUACAAUAUUUAAAUUUAUCAUGCUGCCCUGAAGUUAGAAGGUUUCCUGCAUCUUUGGAAAGUCUCAGGAAACUUCGUUUCUUGAACCUUUCGGAGUGUUCUAAGCUUCCAACAUUGCCUGACGAACUAUUGCAAUCAUUCUCUAGCUUUUCUUCCAUUGUGGAUUUGGACCUAAGUGGUUUUGAGUUCCGAAUGCUCCCUGACUUUUUUGGCAACAUUUGUUCACUUCAGUUCUUGAAUCUGUCAAAAUGCUCUAAACUUGAGCUACUACCCCAAUCAUUUGGUCAGCUUGCAUAUUUGAAAGGCUUGAACCUUUCGUUCUGCUCUGAUCUUAAACUCCCAGAAUCUUUCAAAUACCUUACUUCUCUUCAAUUUCUGAAUCUCUCACACUGUCCUAGUGUAGAAUAUUUGCCAUCUUCUUUUGACAGACUUAGGAAUCUGGAGUAUCUUAAUUUAUCACAAUGUGUUGGACUCAAAGCAUUACCUAAGUCACUUUCAAACCACAAAAAGCUCCAAAUUGAGGUUUUGGGGUGCCAGGAUUGUGUAGUGCAGUCCUGUUCGCUAAGCUUUGGAAGUUCGCAAUCCCAUCAAUGGUCACAGCAAGUUGAGGAAGUUGGAACAAGUAGUGCUAUUUCAGAUAUCACUCCUGAAGAGCCUGCAAACAGAGACAAGGAAGAAGGAAUAAGUGCAUCAGAUGUUGAUGAAGUUGAUUAUCCACGAAACAAUAUGAAGCAAAAAUCGACAUUUGCUUAUCAUAAUGGACAGAAAAGUGAAGAACCUGAAUUUAUUAACAAGCCAAACUCAAAUGGAGAGAUAGUACAAGUAUUCCCUGGACAACAGUUCUCAUCCUCUCCAUCUCGCCUUUCUUCCAUUGCAUCAAGUUCGAGUGCAGUGUUUGUAUCUGGCUCCUCCUCGGAUGUCUCAAUAGCCGACCAUCCAUUGUCCAAUGAUGAAACAUCAGGUUUACAUCCCGAAAAGAAAUGCAAGGAACCUCAAGUGCCGGCAGAAGAUGGCCGGAUUUCGGAACAGGAUGAUGAUGAAGCAUCUUCAUCACACAUGCCGUCGCGUCGGCAUGAAGUGGCCCCUGCCAAACGAAGCAUUGACAACCAUAUUGCUGACUGCAGUGGAGAACAUCACUUCACUGCGCAGUGCAAUGGGUCGAACCAAGGGGUUGUGUGAUGCAGCAAACCAACUGGAAGAAAUUUUCCAUGGAUGGAAGUUCAUGCGGUACUCGCAUGAAAGAAGAGAGCCGCAAGCCGUUGCUUUUGACAGAGUUAAGUUGCCUGCGGUGGAGGAGCAGAGAAAUCUCUUCUUCAGUCUCGUCGUUGGAAAAGCAUAUGCGUCCUGAGUCCUCACGGACCAUUAGCAAGAAAAAAAAAGAAUUGUGCCAGUGAGCAGCAGAGAAUUAUAUAUAUGUUAGUGAUUUUCCCUAUUCAUCGUAAUUUAUAAACUUUGCUUGCUGCUUGUACAUAAAGUACAUAUACAUAUCAUCGACGCAUCAUAUGCGGUUGUAAUUUUUUGAGUGAUGUGUCACAUACACGGCGAUCUUUGUGAUUUUGUUAGCGUUUCGUCAGGAAUCAGCAAAGCCCAUCAGACUCCACCAGCUUCGUCGGAGGAAAACGCCGUAGCCGGUGGAUGGAGAUUGGACUAGAGAGGAAAAGUGGCCGAGCUCGGCGAGAUGGCGACGGAACCUUCCUCGUCGCUUCUCGCGGCCUCCAUCUCCGCUUGGUCACUCACUCCUUGCUCCCUUCUGUCAUAGCCUCAACGGCCCUCCGGCUCCCGAGUCAAUCGCCACCUGACACACGAGCUCCAGUUCUUCCAUCUCUCCGAGGGCAUUGGCUUUCUUGAUGGGAGACGGUGGUAGGCAAGAACCCGGCGUCAGCCGCCUAGCGGAUGGCUUGCCGCAGAAGCCUGCGCUGGGGUUCAAUAGCUUUUGGCAGAUUCCUGAUAAGAUUCAGAACUCUUUCAAGGUGCAUUUUGGGCGUUUCCUGAAGAAGGAUGCUGCUAGCCACGGUAUGAAUGCUGAAAUGUCAUCAGAGAUGGGGAAAGAGUCGUGCACUGCUGCUGCUGCUGAGGUUAGCUUGGACAGGCAGCUCCAAGCUUGGAGGAACAAUCCUAGUUGGACUGACGAGCCGCCAGAAAUCAAGGUAUCCACGAUAAUUUGUUGAUGCACUUGGACACUUGUCUCUGAGCAUCAAAAGUGAUUGUUUACAUAUUCUCUCGACUCAUGUCAUCAUUGAAGAAUGAAGAUGCAUUAGAGUUGCCUGCGAUUCUGGAAAAGUUGGCCUUUUGUAUGAAAUUCCAGUGAUGGAAAAAAUGUAUGUGAUAGUAGUACUUACUAGAUUGUUCAUAUAAUUUAAGCAUUUAACAUUACAUGAUCAAAUUUAUUUACAGGUGACUGUACCAGAAGGCUCCCUUUGCAACCUCAAUCUAAGAUUCAAAGCAGGAUUACCACCGGAUGCAGUGUACAACAUCAUAAUUGACCCAGAGAACAAGAGAGUGUUCAAAAAUAUCAAGGAAGUAAUAUCAAGAAAAGUCUUGCUUGAUGAAGGGUCGAGGCAAGUAGUUGAAGCGGAGCAGGCAGCAAUCUGGAAAUUCCUCUGGUGGUCUGGCAUCUUGUCAGUUCAUGUUUUUGUUGACCAGAACAGAAAAAAUCAUACUGUUAAGUUUAAACAAGGACGAACAGGUUUUAUGAGAAAGUUUGAGGGUUGCUGGAAGAUAGAACCCAUAUUUGUUGACAAGGAAGUAUGCCUUCCUCUUCAUCCAUGUACUCUAGAAGAAUAUGAAUCCUGUACUGGUGGUAGGGGCAGAGUUGCAUCUGCCAUUACCCUGGAUCAUCUUAUCGAGCCUGCCCUUUUACCCCCGCCACCCAUCUCAUGGUAUUUGAGAGGGAUCACUUCAAGAACAACUGAGAUGCUGGUGAACGACCUGAUAGCAGAAACUGCUCGGUUGCGAGGCAUUUCAUUCAAUGCAGAUGGCAAACAAGAUGCUGAGGAAAUAGGCGGUGCGAGUGAAAGUCCUCCAGGAAGUGAGUUUGGUGACAUUAAGGAAAGGUGGCGUCAGAGAAGAAGGGGACGGCAUGGAAACUCCCUUAGAUUAACGAGUCAAAUGUUGUAAGAUAAACGCUAUGAAUGAAUGUUCAUUUCAGAACAGGUUUAGUUUAGGGCAAUAUCCUAAUGUUGUUGUAGAUGAUAUGGCGUAAGAUGGCUCUUUGUGAACAUGUACUGAGCUGGUUGUUCAACAGUAUGUAUGUCUAAUAUGAAUAGAAUUUUACUUCUGAUGAGUUCAGAAUC